AUUAAUUAUUAAUCCAAAUGAAAAUUGGAACCUUCCGAACAUGCCGGACAUGGUGUUUAAGAGAGGCGCAGAAAAACGAAAAGGGCAACAUGACAAGCACGUCGGGGACAUGUAAUAAGAGAGUGCCAAACCACGAAUGCAGGAGGUUGUAAUAAAUAAUAAAGAACAGUAUAUAAAGAGAUGCAAAUCGAAGCAAAUCAAGAAUCAAGAAAAGGGAGAGAGAGAGAGAUGGGAACGUCAUCAAUGGCGCUCGUGGCAUACGCGUUGGUGUUUAGCGCAGUAGCAGUGGCUGUGGCCUCCUACGAGCCGUACGUCUAUGCUUCUCCACCACCAACAACAAUGUACCCGUCUCCAUACAAAUCUCCUUUUCCACCAAAGAAAUACUCUCCUUCCUACUACAAAUCUCCACCGAUGCCUCAAAAACACAAAAGAGAAGGUCCUAAAUACAAGCCUCAUCCAAAACCAUAUGUUUACCGCUCUCCCCCUCCCCCUCCUUACUACUCUCCCUCUCCAAAAUCCGAAUACGAGUCUCCACCUCCACCAUACGUCUACAGUUCACCUCCUCCACCAUACGUCUCUCCUUCUCCAAAACCAGAGUAUAAGUCUCCACCACCGCCAUAUAUCUACAACUCUCCUUCACCUCCGCCACACUAUUCUCUCUCUCCGAAACCCGAGUACAAGUCUCCACCACCACCUUACGUCUACAAUUCUCCACCACCUCCUCCUUACUACUCUCCCUCACUGAAACCUGAGUACAAGUCUCCACCACCACCUUACGUCUACAAUUCUCCACCACCUCCUCCUUACUACUCUCCCUCGCCGAAACCUGAGUACAAGUCUCCACCACCACCUUACGUCUAUAACUCUCCACCUCCUCCUCCUUACUACUCUCCCUCGCCGAAACCCGCGUACAAAUCUCCACCUCCACCUUACGUCUACAGUUCUCCACCACCUCCUCCUUACUACUCUCCCUCGCCGAAACCCGAGUACAAAUCUCCACCACCACCUUACGUCUACAACUCUCCACCUCCUCCUCCUUACUACUCUCCCUCGCCGAAACCCGAGUACAAGUCUCCACCAACACCUUACGUCUACAGUUCUCCACCUCCUCCUCCUUACUACUCUCCCUCGCCGAAACCCGAGUACAAGUCUCCACCACCACCUUACGUCUACAGUUCUCCACCACCUCCUCCUUACUACUCUCCCUCGCCGAAACCCGAGUACAAAUCUCCACCACCACCUUACGUCUACAGCUCUCCACCAUCUCCUCCAUACUACUCUCCCUCGCCGAAAGCUGAGUACAAGUCUCCACCACCACCUUACGUCUAUAACUCUCCACCUCCUCCUCCUUACUACUCUCCCUCACCGAAACCCGCAUACAAAUCUCCACCUCCAUCUUACGUCUACAGUUCUCCACCACCUCCUCCUUACUACUCUCCCUCACCGAAACCCGAGUACAAAUCUCCACCACCACCUUACGUUUACAGUUCUCCACCACCUCCUCCGUACUACUCUCCCUCGCCGAAACCCGAGUACAAAUCUCCACCACCACCUUACGUUAGUUCUCCACCACCUCCUCCAUACUACUCUCCCUCGCCGAAAGCUGAGUACAAGUCUCCACCACCACCUUACGUCUAUAACUCUCCACCUCCUCCUCCUUACUACUCUCCCUCACCGAAACCCGCAUACAAAUCUCCACCUCCAUCUUACGUCUACAGUUCUCCACCACCUCCUCCUUACUACUCUCCCUCACCGAAACCCGAGUACAAAUCUCCACCACCACCUUACGUCUACAACUCUCCACCACCUCCUCCAUACUACUCUCCUUCGCCGAAACCCGAGUACAAAUCUCCACCACCACCUUACGUCUACAGUUCUCCACCACCUCCUCCUUACUACUCUCCCUCACCGAAACCCGAGUACAAGUCUCCACCACCACCUUACGUCUACAACUCUCCACCUCCUCCUCCUUACUACUCUCCCUCACCGAAACCCGAGUACAAAACUCCACCACCACCUUACGUUUACAGUUCUCCACCACCUCCUCCGUACUACUCUCCCUCGCCGAAACCCGAGUACAAAUCUCCACCACCACCUUACGUUAGUUCUCCACCACCUCCUCCAUACUACUCUCCCUCGCCGAAACCUGAGUACAAGUCUCCACCACCACCUUACGUCUACAACUCUCCACCUCCUCCUCCUUACUACUCUCCCUCACCGAAACCCGCGUACAAAUCUCCACCACCACCUUACGUCUACAGUUCACCACCUCCUCCUUACUACUCUCCUUCUCCAAAACCCGAGUACAAGUCUCCACCACCAUCGUACGUUUACAGUUCUCCCCCACCCCCAACAUACUAUUCUCUUUCUCCAAAACCUGAGUACAAAUAAGCUCCACCAUAUGUUAAAAGCUUUGUACCUCAUUCAAUGUACUCUUCAUCUCGAUGCCUUGCAUACAAGUCUCCAUCAUCAUCAUCAUCAUCAUCAUCAUCAUCUGUCGAAGUUGAAUAAUAUGUUACUUUUUAAGCAAUUGAAUGCACAUCGAGUUUUUGUUUUCAACUAUUUUUAUUUUCAGUUUUGAUUCUUUUGACGCGCGGUGUUUUCUGUUGUUAUGUUAAGUUACUCACCACUUGGGUGAAGUGUUUGUAUUCCUCCGUUUAUUUCUCAAUGGAAAUGUUUGCAUUUGUUUA